AUGAAACCCCACCAAACAACUAUGAAAUAUAUUGUUCUAUUCUUGCCGCUUUUAGUUGCUGGCAUGAUUAUUGACCCGAAUUUAUCUUUUAAUUGCGAUGCACAAAAUGCUUUGAUGUUUAGAAAAUUGAAAGCUUUCGAAAACAAUAGAGCUCCGUUGCCUCAUUCUGCUACUUUAAGUUGUGACAUUGAAAAAAAAAAGAGAGAAUAUUCUAAAAGUCAGCAAUUUGAGGUCCAUGAGAAAAGUCUCGAAAUGAGAGCUGCCAAUCCAGAGAAAUUGGACAAAACACUUGAUAAUACAUCUGGAAAAUCAUUCAAUAAUACGACCCAUAAAACAACUGACAAACCGCCUGUCAUUCCACCUUUGAUGAUGGAAAUUUGUAAGAAAGAUGAACACGUCAUUAUGAAUGCUGCCGAUUUGCAUAGCCUUCAAGUGAGCUGCAAUGAUAUUACAGGAAAUAUCAGAUUCAAUGCAUAUAGGGAUGCAAUUGUUGAUUUUGGAAAUCUUCAGACCAUUGGAGGAAGUCUCUACAUUGAGAAUAUAUCGAACAUUGUAAAGAUUCAAGGUAACAGGUUACAGAAAAUUGGAGGCACAUUCAAGCUACACAGUCUGACAUCUUUGGUGGUGCUUGAUUUACCGUCGCUCAACAAUGUGAAGGAAAUAGAAUGGAAAGUUGUUCCAAUCCUGAACUCGGCCAAUCUUAAUAAAGAGAUGAAAGGCCUCAAGAAGAUCGUAAUCUCUGAUUCAUCAUUAUCAAUAAUCAACGAUUUCAACAAAAUCAGAGAAGUAGAUAUUUUUGACAUCAACAAUAACCGUUUUUUGGAAAUAAUCAAAGCAAACAUUGAAACUGUCAGGCAAAAAUUGAGUAUAAGUGCAAAUGCUAAGCAGUUGGAAUUGGAGAUGCCGCUUCUUGUUUCCGCUCAAAACAUCACCAUCAGAGACAUAUCCUCAAUUUCCCUUCCUAAGCUCGAAUCUGUUGGAAGUUCCCUUGAACUCAUUGAAAAUGACUUUGUCACGAUUGAUCUGUCUACCUUGAAAGAAGUCGGUGCCUCUUUAGGAAUCAUCGAUAACGUGAAUCUAGAUCUUAUCGAUUUCGCUAAUGUAAGCGACAUUCAAGGUGGACUUAUCAUUGAAAACAAUCCCAAGUUGCAAAAAAUUGACGCAUUUAAGACUUUGAAACAAGUCGGUGGGGGUAUUUACCUUGACGGUAAGUUUUCUGAAACAAAUUUUCCACAGUUGAAAUUAGUUAAAGGAAGUGCUUACGUAAAGUCAGACUCUGAUAUGUUCGACUGUAGCAGAUGGACAACACCUAAAUACGGACGGUCUUUCAUUAGAGGUGGUAAGGUAACAUGUAUCUCUGGUAAAAGCGAAGAAUCAGAAAGCAUUGAUACUGAUGGCAACGUUGUUGGCAGAAACGAAAAAUCCGAUAAUUCUAACAAAAGUGGACCUUCUUCCAAUAGAGGAAAGCACGGUUUAUUUUCCAAAGUUUCUCACUCUGGCUCAGCAAUCAAUGAAAUCCCAAAAAUUAUGGUGUGCACUUUGGCAGCAGUCAUGGCUGCAGCUUUUAUCAUUUAA